UUCAUUGUUGGGUUGCUGCUCCUGCUUUCUGGGUUUCGUUCUGUGGAAAUAGCAAAGACGGGGUCUCUUUGUUGUGUGGCUGCAAGGCCUCAUGUGUCCAGCCCUGCAACCAGGGACUGGUCUCUGGCCGGAGGUAAUGAGCUCUUGUGGCAGACCAACACUAGCUUCUCGCCUCCACAUUCAUGGAGUCGGAACCUUCGGUCUCAAACCGAAGUCUUGUCUUUGGGGUCCAAUGCUGGGCCUUCUUCAUUGUCUUCGUAUGGCUACGAGAGCAGGAGCUGGGCGAGAGGAGAACAAGUUGUCCAUAGCCAGCGUCACUCGCUGUCUGAUGGUGAAUAUGUUAGCAGCCCUUCUGAUAGUUUUCAGUAUCUAGUGAUUGAUGAACAUUCUGCAGAAGAGCAAUCAUCUGGGCCUUUAACCUGCUCAAGAUUGCAAGAGGGAGCUUCAAGAUUAUCACAAACCAUUGGUUCCACUUCCUCUCAUUCAGAUGGCAGUGAAUUUGAACCUACAACUAAACCUCGGCGCAGCUCCUCAAGCCGUUCUUUCAUGUCAAAGCCUGUUCAUCCAGUUACAUUUCAGGUUGGCAUUGCAGCAGCUAAAGAAGCUGCCCAAACGGGCCAAACCUCCAAAAGUAGUCCUCAUUCUAAUUUGAAUUCUAAUCGACCACUCACAGAGCUCCAGUCUCCUUGGUGGUUGGAGUUGGGUGUUAGCUCUGAAGCAGGAACUGGGCAAUGGAUAAGUGCUAGCAGUGUUGACCACACUAAUUUUUCUGAACCAGUAGGGCUACGAUCUUCCAGCCAUCCCUAUAAAAAUCUGCACGGAGGCUCCAAGUGUAGCCUUUGUGAGAGAUUCCUUUCACAAAGAUCACCAUGGGGUUCCCGCCGAAUUGUUGGGAGUGGGGAUAUGCCUGUUGCCGCUGUUCUAUCAUGCCGUCAUGUGUAUCACGUAGAAUGUUUAGAACGCACUACCCCAAAAAAUAAAAAACAUGAUCCUCCUUGCCCUCAAUGUGAGAAGCAAGAAGAAAAUGUUAUGGAGCAAUGGCCAUCUUGCAAGUUUAAAAAUGAAGCUCCAACCUUGAAGCAUCAAGGAGAGGGAGGAUCUUCAAGAGGAUGGACUUGUAGGAAAGUCGGAGAUUGUGUAAUGGGGGCUGUACAAAUACCAAAGAGGAGUAAUGCUCUUUUGCUUGAUCAAAAUCUAGUGAAGAGGCAGGUUUUGUUGGAGGGUGGUUCUGGCAAGAACUGAUAUGAAAGUUAAAAGAGAAGUGGGUUGAGCUCAUCACUGGUGUUUGAUGGUCAGGUUUGUGGGGAUCAGUUAGCUAUUGGAUGCUUGAGAACUGCGUUCAACCCAGCAUUGUAAAGAUGAUGAAGCUUUAGUUAGUAUCAAGUUUGACACCAUAUAGUUGAUGAUAUUAACACAUGUGGUGACUAAUGGAUAUCAUGUUUUGAGAAUGAAUGUAUUUAUGCUAAACUAAAA